AUGCAGGAGGCGCUGGACGCCGUCGCGGGCCGGGUUUUACAGCCGGUCUGCACUAAUUUACGGCGCACUGCUGCCAACUUGGCGCUGUUGCGGAGGAAGGGACAUCAUACGCAGGGCCGCCAACCGCCGCGCGGCGAGAGCUUGAUGCGUGUCGCAUGGCCCAACGGCUGCCCACGGCGACGCGGCCGGCAGACCUACACGCGCUUCCAGACACUGGAGCUGGAGAAAGAAUUCCACUUUAACCACUACUUGACGCGACGCCGGCGGAUCGAAAUCGCCCACGCGCUCUGCCUUACGGAGCGCCAGAUCAAGAUCUGGUUCCAGAACCGCCGCAUGAAGCUCAAGAAGGAGCUGCGCGCUGUCAAGGAGAUCAACGAGCAGGCGCGCCGCGAGCGCGAGGAGCAGGACCGCCUGAAGCAGCAGCAGGAGAAGAAGCUGGAGCAGCAACAACAACAACAGCAACAGCAGCAACAGCAGCAGCAGCAACAGCAGCAG